AGUGAGUAAAUAGAGGAGUGAAUGUAGGAGUGAAUGUAGGAGUGAGUAAAUAAAGGAGUGAAUGUAGGAGUGAGUAAGAAUGCGUUUGGGGGUUUUAGUAUCAGUGGUGUUAGCUGCAGCUCUCUCAUAUUCUGUGUAUCUUCCGUUACCGGCUACUGUAGCGGAACCGUGUAAACUCAUGCUGCUGGACUCGGUGUUCCGCACUAUGUUCUAUGUGGGAAAGUUGGUCCAAGAUCUCGGCCUGAGCCAGCAAAUCCAAGUCCUGAACUACAUGGCGUUGUUUAUCGAACUGCGGGCACCACAUUCCACAGAAUCCGUGCGGGUCACCGACACUACCUUCUCAGGGGUACAGGCCCGAGUGUUCGAGUCCGUUGCGCCCGGACCUCAGCGACUGAAACGAGGAGUGAUCUACUUCCAUGGAGGCGGGUGGGCCCUGGGCAGCGGAAGAAUGCGAUCCUAUGACCUCCUGUGCAGGAAGAUGGCUGAAGACCUGGACGCAGUCGUUAUAUCAGUAGAUUACCGCCUGGCUCCAGACGCUCGAUUCCCGGAGCCCUACGAAGACGCGCUGGGGGCCUGCAGGCACAUCCUGAGCGCGGAGGUGUUGGAGAGAUACUCCGUGGAUCCGCACCGGGUGGCCGUGUCGGGUGACAGCGCCGGGGGGAACCUGGCGGCCGCCGUGGCUCAGGAGCUGGCCUUCGACGACAGCAUCCCGGUCAAGUUCAAGCUCCAGGCUCUGAUUUACCCCGUGCUCCAGGCGCUCGACUUCAACACGCCGUCGUACCAGCAGAACGGCCACGUCCCCAUCCUCUACCGCACCCACAUGGUCCGCUUCUGGAUCGAGUACCUGAGCGGAGACCAGAGCUUACUUCCCUCCCUCCUGGCUAACAACCACACGUCCUCGGAGAGCCGGGAAGCGGCGUCGGCCAAAGCCAAGCUGAACUGGACGCGUCUCCUGGCUCCGAACUUCACCAAGCACUAUAAGCCCGUGAUUCGACGUCGCGGCGACACGCGGAUCCUGGAGCGGCUCCCGGGGUUUCUGGACGUCCGGUCGUCUCCGUUAUUAGCCGAGGCCGAGGUUUUGAGAAGGGUGCCGCCGGCGUACAUCAUGACCUGCGAGCACGACGUGCUGCGGGACGACGGGCUCAUGUACGCGCGCCGCCUGGAGGAGGCCGGGGUGCCCGUGACCAGCGAUCAUUAUGAGCAGGGUUUCCACGGCAUCAUGGUUUUUGGAUUUUUUCCCGCUUGUUUCUCGGUAGGGAAGCAAAGUUUGAGGAACUACAUUCACUGGUUGGAGGAGAACCUGUGAGGAACGUUUUGGCGUAGGACGCCGUUUCUGUGGUCCACAUGUUUUGAUGAAUGUCUGUGCAAGAUUAUUAUUAGAGUUGUUGUGAAAUGUGCAAUGACAGGACGGGUACAGCACGAUCUGUACCGUGUUAGUGUCAAAAUAGAUCGCUGGAAGCCACAGCACUGCGGCGGUAAUGUUUUCCAUUCGGUGAAGUGUACCUGGCAUGGCGGCGCAUUAUCAGGCUUGGUUUGUUCCAGCAGGCAGUACAUGACACACAUACAGUCAGCUCCAGAAGAAAUAAUCUAAAAGACUUCUCCUAUAAUACUUGAUAAGAUUCAAGAAUAGACUCAAGAAUCAGCCUAGCCAUUGUGAGGUGCACUUAUCAGUGCAGGUCCCAAGCCCGGAUAAACUAGCAGGGUCGCGUCAGGAAGGCAUCCAGCUAAAAACCAUACCAAUUCAGGUACGCAGACCAGAUCCGCCUGGCGAUCCCUAAAUACCCUAAAUAAUCAGUGCACUCUCAGUGCAGGUCCCAAGCCCGGAUAAACUAGGAGGGUUGCGUCAGGGCAUCCAGCAUAAAAACGGUACCAAUUCAAGUACGCAGACCAGAUCCGCCUGCCGAUCCCUAAAUACCCAAAAUAAUCAGUGCACUGAUUGUACAAAUUCAAGUUAAAUAAAAAAAAAAUGUCCCAACUUUUAAGACAGGAGAAGUUCACUCAUUGGUGGGUUAGUUUGUGUAGAAUGCGUUAUUAUAAAUAAAAAAAAUAAUGCAGAAAUCAACCGUACUGUUAUGAUUCCCAAUGAUACGAGUCUAUGCAAUACGUGCACUGAACGUUACAGGUAGAAAACUGAACACUGUGCCUCUGAACUCUGACAUACUUGAAAUCUAUAUUUUAAAAAGCCGGUUUGUAUCUUAUCCUACUGUGAAUGAAAUGUAUUUGUGUAUGAAUGUAUAGCUAAUAUAAUCUGUUUGGAAUUCGAUGAUUAUUUAACAGUACUCGUACUGUGUGAAGAAAUAUUUAUGUGA